AUGAAAUACUCAACUUUUUUGUGUCUCCUCUCCCAAGCUGCGAUAGCAAGAACAACGACUGAGCUUACUUUUGAUGGUGAGCCUUCGCAGGCAAUUUUAGAUGAAAUUUUCGCCGAGCACGAUAUUCUUGUUUCUGGAUUUUCAGGAUGCUAUUAUGGCCGUAAAACCCGAGAAAGGAUGGAAGACCUCGAUUUCUCCUUUGCAAUGCUUUACUUGGACGAACAAGGAAGCGCAUGGCGCCCUUGGUGGAACUUCAUGAACAAAAAAACAGGAAGUGGAACAAUCUCAGUCAUGGUUAAAGACGAGACAGCGUUUACGUCGCAAAUUGCGAAGAAUAAAGUAACUGAUGAAGAAAUCAUUGCCAAGAUUUUCGAUAUGCUGCAAUAA